UCGAAAAGCGGAAUUUGCAAGAGUUGGAGAUGGAACCUCAACGUUAUUAGAAUACACUUCUUAAGGAAGUUCGAUAAACCAUUGGACUAAGCCUGUAGAUGUUACAGUUUACUUGCCAUAAAUAUGCUUUUCUUUCACCGAGCUUUUAACGGAAACAACAAAAGGUGAAAGUUAAUGGUAGCUGGCACAUGUGUAUUACGUUGUUGAUAGAAUGUGUACCUUCAUCAAGAAAAAAGUGAUGGGAAUAACAAAUUACAGGCAGCAACUUGGUAUCUUUAAUUAGUAAAGCAAACAGAGCAAUCUGAAAGAGGGGGAAAAGAGCAAAGUGAAAAGAAUAUGUUGAGUUCUAAACUUCAUAAUUUAGCAAAGGGAAAAGAAGCUUCACCUUCCAUUUUAUAUCAGCAUUCAAGUGAUGAGAUAUAUAUAUAGCCAAGGCCUCUGCUUUAUCAAGACAAAUGUGCCUAGAAAAGCUGAAAAUGUUAAGGGAAGAGCCAUCACCGGAAACCCGACUUCAAAUAUGCGAUGGUAAUGAGGAGGAAUUGCAUUUCAUGAGCAUCCGUGAGAAAGAGAAUUUCCGUUAUUUCAGAGCUCUGAAGAAAUCCUCAAACGACGACAGUGUUCCAGCUCAAUCUUCCAAAUCCAAGCCAUUAAUACAAAGGGUUCCAUUCACCCUAAGUGAAAAGAAGAAUUUUAAGAAAUAUUUUGAGCCAAGGGUGGUUGCAAUCGGCCCUCUCCACCAUGGUAACCGCAGGCUCCAGCCAGCGGAGAAAGCUAAGCUUAAACUUUCAGUGCUCUUCACAGAAGAACAUCGAGUUGCAGAACAUGUGUUAUAUAAAAAGAUUAAGCAGGAUAUAGGAUAUCUGAAGGAGUGUUAUAAGCCAGAGGAUAUAGAAGAUUAUGACGAUGAGGAACUCGCUUGGAUGUUUUUUGUGGACGGUUGUGCAGUAUUGAAAGCCAUACACUACAGUACUAAGUCUGAGCAAGAAAAGCAGAAGGAUGAGUUGAAUAUUAAAGUUGAUAUUCUGGCAUUUGCCCAAGUAGAUUUGUUCAUGCUGGAGAACCAACUUCCUUUCCGAGUCCUCGAGUUAUUGAUAAACUCAGUCCAUGAUGCAAAGGAUUUGAGAGAAUCAAUCGACGUGUUCAUUGAUAAUAAGAUCAAGAGAACAAUAGCAGAAGGGAAGAAAGGAAAGCCACGACAAGAUCAAGAUCACACUCAUCUUCUGGGGCUUUUGCGGGAAAGACUCUUGGCCAAAACCAACAACAAGAACGAAAGUACCAAGACCAUCAUUGGUAAGCUACUUCUUUCUUGUGGACCAAAACAACAACAAUGCCAUAAAACAUUUCGUAGCAUCAAUGAGCUGAAAGAAGCAGGGAUUCGUGUGACUCCUAGCGAGACAAGCAGCCUCCGAGACGUUAAUUUCUACGUUGGAUUUCUAGGAACUCUGAAGAUUCCUCGGAUCGUGGUGGACGACUCAACCGGUUCCAAGUUCAUGAACUUGGUAGCUUACGAAAUGUGUCCAGAUUUCAAAAAUGACUUUGCGGUCACCUCUUACUUAUGCUUCCUUGAUACUCUCAUCGACACCGCACAAGAUGUAAAGGAGUUGAGACAUGCAGGAAUGCUACUGAAUUACCUGGGCAGUGAUCAAGAAGUAGCUGAUCUUUUCAAUAAUAUAACCACAGAUUUGGUGCCUGAUCUCGAGAUGUACCAUGAUGCAACAGAUAAGAUACGUGAGUACUGCGACAAUCCAUGGACGACCUGCAUAGCCAAGGCGUAUUAUACUCAUUUCAGCACUCCAUGGAGUUUCCUUGGCUUCUUGGGAGUCUUAAUGGGUCUUCUUUUUACUGCUAUUCAAGCAUAUUACUCAAUGCGAAAAGCGACUAUGGGACAAAGGUAAAACAAUGUCCAUCUUUCUUUUUCCACAAGUGUGCUUUUUAACUUGUUUAAUUUUUCCUGUUAUAUAUGUAAAAGUAAGAUAUGAUUUGAGUGUAAUCAUGGGUGCUUGUGUUACUUAUUUAAUUUUUCCUGUUAUAUAUGUAAAAAUAAGAUAUGAUUUAAGU